AUGACUGACAAGCUGGCUGACCCUCAUGCCUUGGCCUGCCUGCAGAGGCAACCGCCGCAGGGAAGCCCGUUCUUUGGGAUACCACCUUCGGUGCUUGGCUACAUUUGCAACAUGCAAUUACCACAGGUGAUGGGUGCAACUCACAUUGAUCAAGCGCCCUCUGCUCAAGCAUCAAAGGAUGAUGCAGUGGAAUCCAAAGAGGGGACGUUUGCUGAAACGCUCACAAAAGCAGAACAACUGAAAGUGUCCACUGCCUCGAUGCCACCUGCUCAGGGGUUUCAGGACAGGUUUGUCGAACUGCACGAGCCCAGCAGACAGAAGAGUGGGGGAAUGAUUUUCCAAAUGAGGAGUUGA